AUCUGUUAUGUAGUCUGGCGGCACUUGAACGGCUCGCAAGCACAGUAAUCACAGUGAAUUGUUGGCGUCAUCAAAAUGGUCAAAUUUACAGUAGAUGAGUUGCGUCGCAUGAUGGAUUACAAGCGGAAUAUCCGCAACAUGUCUGUCAUUGCUCAUGUAGAUCACGGAAAGUCGACUUUAACUGAUUCACUUGUGUGCAAAGCUGGCAUCAUUGCAGAUUCACGUGCUGGUGAUGCUCGUUUCACCGACACACGCAAAGAUGAACAAGAGCGUUGCAUCACAAUCAAGUCAACUGCUAUCAGCUUAUAUUACGAAAUGUCAGAUGAGGAUAUUAAAAGCGUUAAGGCCAUCCAGCCAGUCGCCACCAAUGCUGAAGGGAAAGAAGAAAAGGGUUUUCUUAUAAAUCUCAUAGACUCCCCAGGUCACGUUGACUUCUCGUCAGAAGUGACUGCAGCUUUGCGUGUGACGGAUGGUGCCUUGGUUGUAGUUGAUUGCGUAUCUGGUGUAUGCGUACAGACAGAAACAGUCUUGCGUCAGGCUCUAACUGAACGUAUCAAGCCUGUGUUGUUCAUGAAUAAGAUGGAUAUGGCAGUCAUGACUUUGAGCUGUGACAUGGAGGAUUUGUAUCAAAAGUUCCAAAGAACAAUUGAAAACGUCAACGUCAUCAUUUCAGAGUUUGAGUCAGCCAAUACCCAAAUGGGCGAUCUAGCAGUAGAUGCUGUGAAGGGGACAGUUGGUUUCGGUUCCGGUUUGCAGAGUUGGGCCUUUACUUUGAUGACAUUCGCUAGAUUAUAUGCUAGUAAAUUUAAAAUUGAACCAAACAAGAUGGUUGAGCGACUCUGGGGAGAUAAUUUUUAUAAUAUUAAGACCAAAAAGUGGACGAAAGAAAAGCCUGCUAGUGAUGGUGUUCGAGGGUUCAAUCAAUUUGUACUGUCACCCAUUUACAAGAUUUUUGAAACUAUUAUGAAGAAACCUAAGGAGGAGCAAACUGACCUACUCACUAAAAUGGGCAUAUCACUGAGUGAAGCAGAGAGCUCUCUUCCUGACAAGCAGCGUUUGAAAACAGCAUUGCAUAAAUGGCUUCCAGCUGGUGACUCUCUUUUGCAAAUGAUAUGUAUCCACCUCCCUAGUCCGGUGACCUCACAGCAGUACAGAAUAGAAAUGCUCUAUGAAGGGCCAAUGGAAGAUGAAGCUGCUAUUGCAAUGAAAAACUGUGAUCCAAACGGCCCUGUUAUGAUGUACAUUAGUAAAAUGGUACCCACUUCUGAUAAAGGUCGCUUUUAUGCAUUCGGUCGUGUAUUCUCUGGUACAAUUGCUACUGGUCAGAAAGUCAGAAUAACUGGUCCGAACUAUGUUCCAGGAAAAAAAGAUGACCUUUACGAAAAGUCAAUUCAGCGCACUGUGUUGAUGAUGGGUCGUUACACUGAGGCGAUUGAAGAUGUUCCCUGUGGAAAUAUAUGUGGUUUGGUAGGCGUAGAUCAGUUUAUUAUCAAGACUGGAACAAUCACCACCUUCGCUGGAGCUCACAACUUGAGGCAAAUGAAAUUUAGCGUCAGUCCAGUCGUCCGUAUUGCCGUUGAGUGCCAAAAUCCAGCUGAUCUACCGAAACUUGUUGAAGGCCUGAAGCGUCUUGCCAAAAGUGACCCUAUGGUUCAGAUAACCACUGAAGAAUCGGGUGAACAUAUUAUAGCCGGUGCCGGUGAACUACAUCUCGAGAUAUGCUUGAAAGAUCUUGAAGAAGACCAUGCCUGUAUUCCUUUGAAGAGAACAGAUCCAGUUGUUUCAUAUCGUGAGACUGUAACAGAAACCUCAAGUCAAGUUUGCCUAUCCAAAUCUCCAAACAAACACAACCGACUCUAUAUGCGCGCUUCUCCUAUAUCAGAAGAAGUAGCUGCAGAAAUUGAUGCAGGCAAAAUAAACGCUCGUCAAGAUUUUAAGGAGCGUGCUCGCUAUCUGGCAGAUAAUUAUGGUUGGGAUGUUAACGAAGCCAGAAAAAUAUGGUGCUUCGGUCCAGAAAACACAGGUCCAAAUGUUGUGAUCGAUACUACAAAAGCAGUUCAGUAUGUUCACGAAAUAAAAGACAGCGUUGUCAGUGCUUUCCAAUGGGCAACCAAAGAAGGUGUACUUUGUUCGGAAAAUAUGCGUGGAGUUCGUGUAAACCUGGAAGACGCGGUAUUGCACGCAGAUGCAAUUCAUCGUGGUGGUGGCCAAAUCAUUGGUACAGCACGCCGAUGCUUUUAUGCCGCUGUCCUAACGGCUAAGCCUGGGAUUCUAGAGCCGGUUUAUCUGGUUGAAAUACAAGGUCCCUGUGUUGCAAUGGGCGGGAUUUACAGCACUUUGAACAGAAAGCGUGCUAUCACAAUUUCAGAAGAACGAAAAUCCGACAGUCCGAUGUGUGUUAUCAAGGCAUACUUACCUGUGAACGAGUCAUUCGGUUUCACCACAGAUUUACGCGCGGCAACUGGUGGUCAGGCUUUCCCUCAGUGUGUCUUCGAUCAUUGGCAGACAUAUCCUGGUGAUCCACUUGAACCGACGUCAAAACCAGGACAAGUGGUUUUAGAAACAAGGAAACGUAAAGGUCUUAAUGCCGGUAUUCCUGCUUUGGAUAACUACCUAGACAAAUUGUGAUGCCUUAUCUGUGUAAUCUGAUAUAUUAUAAAUAAAUCAAUUGUGCUCUCUUGG